CCUGGCUACUGGUAUGACCCUGAAUUUCCUCUGAUUCAUCAGUUUAUUAACAAAUACAGUGUUUCAUAUGGCACAGGAACUGUCUGUCUGGGCUGGGCAGCCAUGGAAGAGUUAAUAGUUGAGCUGCGCCUGUUUCUUGAACUUCUGGACCAUGAAUAUCUAACUUCCACUGUCAGGGAGAAGAAGGCAGUAAUAACUAACAUUCUCCUGAGGAUACAGUCAUCAAAAGGUUUUGAAAUAAAAGAACAUGUACAGAAACAAGAAGUUGCCAACAGUUUGCCGGCACCUCCUCAAAUGCCUCUGCCAGAAAUACCUCAGCAGUGGCUGCCACCAGAUAAUGGGCCUCCACCAUUACCAACAUCUUCCCUUCCUGAAGGCUAUUAUGAAGAGGCAGUGCCACUUAGUCCUGGGAAGGCUCCUGAGUAUAUCACUUCCAAUUAUGACUCAGAUGCUAUGAGCAGCUCUUAUGAAUCCUAUGAUGAAGAGGAAGAGGAUGGAAAGGGGAAGAAAAUGAGACAUCAGUGGCCUUCCGAAGAGGCCUCUAUGGAUCUGGUGAAGGAUGCCAAAAUCUGUGCCUUCCUCCUUAGAAAGAAACGAUUUGGGCAAUGGACCAAACUACUGUGUGUUAUCAAAGAAAACAAACUACUGUGUUACAAAAGUUCCAAGGACCAGCAGCCGCAGAUGGAGCUGCUCCUGAAUGACUGCAGUAUCACAUACAUUCCCAAAGACAGCAAAAAGAAGAAACAUGAGCUGAAAAUCUCUCACCAAGGAGCAGAUGCCCUUGUUCUGGCAGUGCAGAGCAAAGAGCAGGCAGAACAGUGGCUAAAGGUUAUCAAAGAUGUUUGCAGCAACUGUACGGGAGCUGUAGACUCUGAUGGGCCAUUGUCUAAUUCUCCAGUACACAAGACAGAGCUGGAAAAGAAGUUGUCAUUUGAGAGGCCAAGCUCAGAUGGGGAGGGUGCUGUGGAAAAUGGCACCACCACCGUGUGCAAUGGGAAAGAACAAGUCAAGAGGAAAAAAAGUUCAAAAUCAGAAGCCAAGGGCACUGUGACUAAAGUAACAGGGAAAAAAAUAACGAAGAUCAUUAGUUUAGGAAAGAAAAAGCCAUCAACAGAUGAACAGACCUCAUCAGCUGAAGAAGAUGUUCCAACAUGUGGCUAUCUCAAUGUGCUCUCAAAUAACCGUUGGCGUGAGCGCUGGUGCAGAGUGAAAGAUAAUAAACUCAUUUUCCACAAGGACAGGACAGAUCUGAAGACACACAUUGUUUCUAUCCCUCUCCGUGGCUGCGAAGUCAUCCUAGGACUGGAUUCGAAGCAUCCCCUGACCUUCCGCCUACUCCGAAAUGGGCAGGAGGUUGCUGUGCUAGAGGCGUCCUCCUCCGAAGACAUGGGCAGAUGGAUAGGAAUUUUGCUGGCGGAAACAGGGUCUUCAACAGACCCCGGAGCUCUGCACUAUGACUACAUCGAUGUGGAAAUGACGGCAAGCGUCAUCCAGGCUGCAAAACAGACCUUCUGUUUCAUGAACAGACGAGUUAUUUCUACAAAUCCGUAUCGGGGAAGCACUGCCAAUGGCUACGCCUGUCCGAGUGGAAUGGCACUUCAUUACGAUGAUGUUCCCUGCAUAAAUGGAUCGUGGGAACCAGAAGAUGGCUUUCCUUCUUCUCGUAGCAAGAACAUUGGCGAAGAAAUGCUUUAUGAUAACGCAGGCCUGUACGAUAACUUGCCAUCUCCAAAAAUCUUUGCGCGCUAUCCGCCAGCUGACAGAAAACCCAAUAGGCUAUCUACUGACAAACUCUCCUCUAACCAUUACAAAUACCCUGUCUCAUCCAAUCUGUCUUCUGCUCAGUCUAUCACUAAUACCUCUGCUGUGGGGAGGGGAUCUGGCUCGCAGUUUAAAGGUAAGAAGCCUCCUGCGACUGCUAAUGGGAUCACUGGAAAAGGGAGAACUUUAAAUAGCCAGCCGAAGAAAUCUGAAUCGGUAUCAUGUGUGAAGCGCACCGCAUCCAAUGCAGAGCAGUACAAAUACGGCAAAAAUCGUGUGGAGGCAGAUGCAAAGAGGUUACAAAGCAAAGAGGAGGAGCUGCUAAAGAGGAAAGAAGCACUCCGGAAUAGGCUGGCCCAGCUCCGAAAAGAAAGAAAAGAUCUACGCGCUGCCAUUGAAGUCAAUGCUGGUAGGAAGACCCAAGUGAUUCUUGAAGACAAGUUAAAGAAGUUGGAAGAGGAAUGUAAGCAGAAGGAGGCUGAGCGUGUAAACCUGGAGCUAGAACUGACCGAGGUGAAGGAGAGCCUUAAGAAAGCUUUGGCUGGUGGCAUCACACUAGGCUUGGCUAUUGAGCCCAAGUCGGGAACAUCAAGCCCACAGUCUCCAAUUUUCAAGCACCGAACUUUGGAAAACUCUCCAAUCUCCAGUUGUGAUACCAGUGAUACAGAAUGCUCAAUACCUGUGAACAGCGCAGCGGCUCUGAAGCGACCUCCCUCAUCAAAUAAUUCUCCUUGUCGAGGCCAUGUCCUUCGAAAAGCAAAGGAAUGGGAGAUGAAAAAUGGAACAUAAAUAUAGCAAAACCACUUGCUUUCCAUAAAGGCCUUACCUGUUAUGGACCAAGACGUAGGCUGCAAAAGACUCAUCUGAAAGGUGGUAUCAAGCGAUACAACAUAAGAGUUUUUUCUAAUUCUGUUAAGUUAAUGGUAGCUUGGCGCUAAUUUGCCUGUAUUCCCUCUACUGUAUUGCUGUGUAACUACAUGUGCCCCUUUUUAUUAGCUGUAACUCUUUAUUUCCAACUUCACUGGUAAAGAAAAUUAAAACCAAAAAAACCAAACCAACCAUAGUAAUUGAAAAGGAGCAUAAAGUCAGAGUUGAAAGUUUACUUUCCUGAAACAGCAUAGACCAACAAUGUUAAUGAAACCAUAGCUCUUACAGCUUAACACUGACUUUUGAGGUGUGCCACAGAGGUGGCCGAGCGACUUCUUGCUCGUUAGCAGUCGCUUUGCUGUUAGCUGUUCAUGUGGCAAAGAAAACUGAAGAAAUGUAUUCCCAGAAAUGUCAUGGCCUGUUUGGCCGGGAAGGCAGGAGCUCUUCAGUGUCACUGUCCUCUACGCUGGUGUGAGACCAUGGGAUAACACAACUCACCUGUGAAGCAAUUUUGGAUACUUCUUAGACAGAUGCUUUUGCCAUUGGAAAAUGAAAAGCUGCCAUACUUCGAACAAAAUGCAUUUUACUACAUUCUCAUUAUUAUUAUUCUGAAGCACCAGUCAUUUUCAAAGGUCAUGUUGUUGAACUAUGACUUGUUCCUGAUUUUUUUAAAAGGCAAACAGGUAUUUUUAGAUACUGCUUCUUUUCUAUACUUUUUUGAAAAUAAGAAAGAUAAUUGAAAUUAAUCCUCAACAGAUAAUGGCAACUCAGAAUAGCUUAUGCAGUCAGUCUUGUUUUGUUUUUUAUAAUAUAGUAUUAUUGUUAAACUUGAGUUAUAGAACACUGCUGUAAAGUUUCUUUUGUCUUUUCAGACCUCAGCUAUUAUAUUUGAGGAAGACAGACUGAAAAGAUUAUAAUUUCCUGACUCUUCUAUAAGCAAUUUUACAAAGAAUUGGGGAUUUUUCUCAGACAGGAGUCCAUUUCUGUUUACUAGGAAACAGCGUCUUGCAUUUUAGUCUGUAAAAUUACAGAAAUCUGUUCUUCUUUGUCUCCGUUCAUGUCAUUCCUGAGAACUUACAUGCAGUAAAUUGCCAACUAAAGUCCUUCAAAAUCUCAAGAUUGGCUUUAAAAAAAUCAUGAGAGAGAGAGGAAAAAAACAUUUAAUCAGUUGGUUUCUUUUAAUUUUUUCUCUGUGUUUUUAUCAAGCCUUUGGAGAGCCUUCAAUCACAUUCUCAAGAUUUUUUUCCUCCCCAACUGUGAGGACUAGAAAAUUAAUUAAAAAAGGUUUUAUUCUCAUAUUUUGAGAUAAUCACAGAUGUUAGGGCUGGAGUCUUGAUAAUUAGGUAAGAUUUGUAAUUAAAACCACAGAAGUUGGCAAGACAGCAGUUAUCAAGGAUCACAUCCCUUUGUGGCCCAGCCUACGGUUUGUCUCCUACCUUUAGGAAUGAAUGGGUGUGCAUAACUCCUGCAGGGAACACUGAGAUUCCCAGCUGAGCUGGACAUCGGAGGACUUCCUGCAGGAUCUAGUGGGAUUUGAAGGCACAGAGCUAUCAGAAAGACCUGAUAGCUGCUAGGACACAGGGCUGUGUCCUGUUCCCAAAUGCAAUUAGUGCCAAGGAUCCCAUUGACCUUAGCAGAGUAGAAAUAGGGCCCAACAUGAGAAAAGGCUCUUUGCUUCUUGGGACUGUGCUUUGUACAAAGUGCCACAGGAAUGCAGAUACAGUAGGGAAACAAGUGUCAGUGUGGUUUUCACUGAAAACAGGAUUUUUUUAAUAUUAUUUUAGGUCAUCUGCUUAAGUACUAACUAUAAGUAGAGGGCACAUCGUGUGCUCUAUGACUAUGGACUAAACAGUAUCAAGUUCCCAUAAAUAUUAGCAGAAACAAAUUUGAAGCAAAAGUAAGUUCAUUUAGGCUUUUUAUUUCAAAUUAAGUUAUUUAUUUGUAUAUUUCAAUAAAUAUUUAAUUUAUAUCUGUACAUAUUUAUGAUGCAAAUUAGGCUUCUAGUCAACGUUUGCAAUGAUGUAACAGUUGCCAUUAAGAAGUGGUCCCACAUUAAGUAAGGCAGAGUACUCAAAAGCCAAAUCACUUGUCUUGUUUACCUAAUAUUGGCAUUGUAUCUUCCGCCCCUAUAUCCCGUGGAAGAAAAAAUAAUUCCUUGGCAAGGACAGGUUUUAAUCCAUGCCUCAUACAGAAGCGUGCAAAUUUCUGUCCAAGCAAACUGAAAUCGCGUGGUGCUGGGGCCACACACACAGCCCCAGCCCCGGUGCUGCAGCCUUCUGCUCUGCUACAGACCCUCGGCACCUGUCCUGCCCUCAGCACCUAUAGCACCCACUGCAGCAGGAGCUGCUGACAGAAUUAAGCCUCUUUCGCCCUUCCUCCAGCAAAUACCACCACCCUCUCGCUCCCUCACCCGGCACGCACUGUAACUGUGUGUCUCUAACGGUUGAGCACAUUGGUACCAUUGCAGUUUGCAUUAGUGGCAUCUAUUCUAUAUAAUGCCAAGGUUUUAAAAGGAGGAAAAGAAAAAAAACCUCUGGAAAUAACCUCUCUGUAGACCACAUUCAGUGCUGUGAAAUGUACUCUGUGUUCUUGAAUAUUACUGUUGCUGCACAGUUUUUUAAAAAAAGCAACAGAGCUUGUAUUUUCACCAUUUUUAGAUUUCAGAAUCACCAGGCAAAGUCAGCAAUAGAGCAGCAUGACUUCUGUUUUAAAGGAAAACUCUUGUAUUUUAAACCAUUUCUGUCUUUUAAGAAAAUGUUACACUUGUGCUUCCUCAACAAACUCCUGUUACUGUACCAGGUGCUUUUUUUGAAUUGUUUUUUUAUGGGUGAUGCUUUUUCUUAAAAAAAAACCAGUUCAUAACUUUGGGGGAUCAAAGCUGGUUUUUUUAAUGAGAUGACUGUGGCAAUUUUUUAAUUUUUCAAAUGGAGAAUACAUAAUUUAGUAUCAAUUUUUGUUAAAGACACUUUCAAAUUAAUUGGCCCAGGCUGUAUGUUGUAAGAUAAUGUUCUCAUAUUAAGAAUGUAAUUAUUUCCUUAUUGUAUUUUUUAAAAAACAAAAUCAUAUUUAAAAAAAAUCUGUGAAAAAAGCAUGAAAGAAACAUGAAAAAGUUUUUGUUUUAUUUUUGUUAUUGGAUAUGUUGGCAGUGCCCAUUAUAAUUGACUGUAAAUAUAGUCUUUCUACUGUAUUUCUCAAAGUAUUUAAGUUUUUUGACACACAUUCAUGGAAACUUCAGUUAAAAAAAAAGUCCAAAAGAGACCCACCUUCAAAUGUGUGUCGUAGUAGCUUCAACUAACUUUAUGCCUUUCUAGUUUGUUCUUCAGAAAGUCUUGCAGAGUGUGAAAAAAGACUGGCACCUGGUAGGUGCGACAGACCCAAGACCAUUAUUAAUAAAGUUACCUGU